AUGGCGUCUCCUGACAAUGACCAAUCUCUACCACAACAAUCACAUCACUGGUCGGCUAAUUACCAUGGCUCCCGAGCUUCAAAGCGAAAUUAUUCGGAAGAAAUUGCCGAAGAGCAAAAUUGUUCUGUAUGGAUAACUUAUCUUCCAGCGGGGUGCGAUUCCACGAUGCUUUGCCACUCUCUUAGAGGCACAGGGAAAAUCUACUCGAUGUUCAUAAACCCUCCGAACGACCAACAUCGUACUUCAGCUGCAAAAGUAGUCUUCUGGGACCAUCGAGGAGUAGACAAACUGAUACAGAUGGCCGAGUCGAGGCAGUUCAGAGUAGGCCCUAACCGACCCCGAGUGACACCGCACCGAAUAAAAGUUAGCGCACAAGUCCCGUCAAGAAGGUCCCGCGUCAUAGAGAUCAGUGGACCGAUGGAAAUUGUGAACCGAGAUUUCUUAAGCGCUUUCUUUCUUGAAAGGUUCUGGUUUGAUAUCGAGAGUGUUCAGACGAUAGGGAUUUACGGGGGGAUAUCAACAAUGAAGUGGAGCUUCUGCUGCUACCGCUGCCAAAGCCAAUCCGCGGUUUGGUGUAUAUUCGACCAAAAGCAUCGUCAAACUCUGACUGAUAGCGAGCGGCGUUCUUGGUCUCAGGUUUAUGUACGAUGGUUGGAGGACCCAUGUGCUUAAUCUUGACCAGGUCAAUCAAGG